AUGACAGCCAAUCAGAUCGUAGCCAUGAGAGGCAAAUUCAAGCGAGCCUCGACUCCCAAAGUCAGAACAGGAUGUAUCACCUGGCACUUGAAAUGUGACGAAGCAAAACCUUUUUGUCGACGCUGUCAUAACGACAAGAUGAAGUGUGAUGGAUAUGCGCCACCCAAGCCAAAGGCCCCAAAGCGUUCCAAGCGUCGAGACCCCUCCUUGAAGCCUGGGGUCUCUGUUUCCCUCCCACUGCUAUCUAUGCAGACCGUUGACCAACUCUCUCUGUUAUCAGACUCAGAAAAAGGCUACCUCCAACAUUUCCUUCAUUUGACAGUAAAGCAGCUUUCACCUUCUUCUGCUGCCAUGAACUUCUGGCUCAAAUACGCUCUCCCGAUGUCAUAUCACUACGAUGCCAUCCGGUACAGCAUGAUUGCAGUUGGGGCAUCUCAUCGAGCCUACAUGGCCCAAAGUCUACCGUACUCCCGUCCUGAUCAUUUGCAACGUCCUGUCAUACAACACUAUAAUAGAGCCAUAUCCUCGAUACUCCCUAUAAUGUCUGCUCCUUCGAAUGAGAACAUUCAUUGCAUAUUGAUCUGCUGUCUGCUCUUCAUGACUUGUGAGGGGCUGACUGGUCGCUACGAUGAACUCCUGCAACAUCUCGCUGCUGGCGAUACGGUAUUUCAGUCACUGGGUUAUCAAAGCUCCUCUGAUACUUCGGAUAUGCUAGAGGGACUUGUCGACAUGUUUAGCGAGAUGGGCCUUGCAUCGUCUGGCUAUAUGGCGGACCAUCCUCUCUCGGGUAUCAAGAAAUGGUGUCGUAGUGACACUAGGACUGAAGCGAGUGAUGACUCGCCGUUUGCAACACUCAGCGACGCCUCAUAUGCUUUACAUGAGCUAAGACUCCAUCAUGACUUCCAGCCAUGGAAUUUGGAUAGGGAAGACGGGCUGGCCAACGACAGCGUAUUUGAGGAUAUGCUCCGUCGCUGGAAUUCCCGUUUCGAAGCCUUGACCCAGCGAUUGAUGCCAAACGUGUCAGGUGAUGAGAUGGCACAUAUCCAGACUCUGGAACUUCACUAUCAAUCCCUGCAGAUGUACAUUAACGUGUACGAUAACAAAGGACGACAGCCUCCAGAUCCAUACAAAGGCUUCAUAGAGGCCGCAGAGAAAGUGUCCGCACCUCUAAUAGCGCUAGAUCAACCUACGUUCUCACUAGACGGAUGUCUGGUCUCCGGUCUCUCAUUUGUUGCCAUCUCUAAUGAAGGCGGGGAUGAGAGGCUCCAAGCACUUGACCUCCUUCGCCAGUUGAACCACCGCGAAGGCAUUUUCGACAGCAACGAUAUCGUCGAGAUGCAUGAAAUGGUAGCCAUGGAUAUGGAUUGGGGGUCGGGCUCUGACUCUGAUUCUGACGCGGAUAUAGAGGAACCUGAUCCGCCAUUAAGAGCGCCGAAAGGAAUACCGCAGAUGCUUGAAGUGCUUGCUCGCAAGACUGGGACGACCAGCAAACGGCUAGAAGGCUUGUACCCAUGA